UUUGUGACUCACACGUUUAUUUAGACUCCCAGGCAGAGCAUCUCAGUGAUUAUACUAGCAUUAACACCGGCUCCCCAUCAUCAACUGUCGACAAUACAGAGAAGCACGAAGAGAGACAAGAGUUGGGGAGAGAGAAAAGGACUACAGCGUGAAAGAUGGAGCUGCAGCUGUUUGUAAUGUACUGUGCCCUCUGCAUGGUGUACGCCAUCAGCAAGCCCAUAAAGGACCGCUUCAACCCUGAUGAGCCCCUCAGCAACCGGGAGCACGACGACCGUGAGAACUUCGAUUACGACCACGAGGCCUUUCUGGGCCAGGAGGAGGCCAAGACCUUCGACCAGCUCACUCCCGAGGAAAGCAAGGAGCGACUUGGCAUGCUGGUGGAGCGCAUCGACGAAGACAAAGACGGCUUUGUGACCACGGAAGAGAUGAGGAAGUGGAUCAAAGACAUGCAGAAGAGGUGGAUCUACGAGAACAUUGAUCACCAGUGGAAGACGUACGACCUCAAUGGCGACGACGUGGUGUCGUGGGAGGAGUACAAGAACAUGUCGUACGGCGACCUUGUCGAUGAGCCAGACUCCAAUGAUGAUGGUUUCAGCUACAGAAAGAUGAUGUUGCGCGACAAGAGAAGGUUCAAGUUGGCCGACUUGGACGGGGACCAGAACGCUAACAAAGAAGAGUUGGCCGCAUUCAUUCACCCCGAGAAUUUUGACCACAUGCAUGAUAUUGUGGUGGUUGAAACAAUGGAAGACAUGGACAUAAAUGGAGAUGGUGUAAUCGACCUGCAAGAGUACGUUGGUGACACGUACAGCCAGGAGGGCACGGCGGCGCCCUCGUGGGUGAAGACUGAGAGUGAGAAGUUCACCGCGCUCCGGGACAAGAACAAGGACGGCAAGAUGGACAAGGAGGAGACCCGAGCCUGGGUCACGCACAGCGACUAUGACCACGCUAUGACCGAGGCCAAGCACCUGGUCAACGAGGCUGAUGCAAACAAAGUUUUCUGUUUCACCACUGGUCCUGGAAACAAGUCCUCCGAUGCAGAAAUCUAGCUUGAUCACACAAAAAUGAAGACAAGCAGACAUUUGUAGGAUGGCCGCCUGACCAAGGCUGAAAUCCUGGACAAGUACGACCUGUUUGUGGGCAGCCAGGCCACCGCGUUUGGAAAAGCCCUCACUCGACACGACGAGUUCUAAAUUUGCAGCAGCCCAGAAAGGCUUUGUCUCCGCUACGCCUUCUUAUUACUCUUCAAAGUGAACGUCAUUGGUUUUUAUACACACACCACAAGGUCAUCCAUUUAGUUUUAUUCAAUGUUUCCCAUCAUGUCGUCAUGCACGCCACUGCAUUUAGCCAAUUUACACACACUUAAUAUAUUUUACGAAGCACCAAGAAUGCAAUUUUGAAAUCAAAUGAUUACAUAUGCUUACUCCAUUGAUGUAGUGAGGGAAGACAUGAGUGCAGUUGUGGAAAAGGAUCAUGCACUGGACGACCGCUAAUGGGACAAGCGAAAUGGAGGGAAAUUUUUUUUUUUAAAUUACAUACAUACAGUACAUACCCGUGAAAAAGUAUUGGCUCCUUCUCAAAUUAUAUUUUUGCAUGGUU